AUGAGUAUUCUAACUGAAUCAACUGAUAUUACUAUCAUGUCCAUUACACGUGAUUGUUCAGAAUUCUUGACAGUGAAUGUCAAUCGUCUACUUCGUCAAAUUCUAAGUAAAACAUUAACAUUUACUUUACGUUCUCGUCGUACCUAUGUUUUAUGUGAUGACUUUCAAUUAACGUUAAAAGCUCAUUCAAUUGUACCAGUUUAUGGUUAUUGUUUACCACAUGAUCAAUAUCAAUCAACUUAUCAACUUAUUCGUCGUGGUACACAAUAUUUAUAUUUUAAAAAAGGUUUUGAAACUGAUUUGAAACAAAUCAUUUAUGGUGAUGUUAGACAAUAUUCAAAAGUUCCACAGAACAUUUUAAUUUAUGUUGAAUGGUUGGCCAUCCAUGGUGUUCAAAUGAAUAAGACAAAGAGAGAACUAAAUGUUGAUAAAAAAUUAAUUUUCUCUGUAUUAGCUGUCGAACAGCAACUUUACUUAAACUACUUAAAAACAUUAUGUAUUAAUAAUUGUGAACGCAAACGUGAACAAGGUUUAACAUUUUUAUGUAAGGAUACAUUAGCAUUAGAAACAAUAUUACCCUAUUUAACAACAUAUUGUCUUACAAAUAUUCGUGAAUGUUUCAAUAAAAACUCAAUCUCUUUAGAUCAAUUAGUACUAUAUAUAAAUAUGAUUGACUCUCUACUAGAUAAUAAACUCGAAUCAAUUGAAAAAUAUGUUCAUCAUUGGUUACCAAUGAUUCUUACAUGUAUGUUAUUCAAGUUUAAUUUAUCUGAAACCGAUGAACAAAUGUGGAAAAUGAGAUUGACAUGUUCAAAUUCGUGUAUUAAAAUAAUACAUAGAUGUCAAAAAUUUAUUUAUGUUCAAUUUGAACAUCGUCUAUUUGAAAUACUCAUUUAUACUAUGAUCAAUGAUCAGAAUAUAACGUUGUCAAUAUUCUAUGCAAUAUUAUACAUAUUUAAUCAUUUAGGAACGUAUGCAUGUAAAACAUUUUUGAUACCAAUCGUACGACAUAUAGCGUUAAAAUUAGAAAAAUUUUUAAUAGAUGAAAGACAUCUUUUCGAUACAAAAUGGAAAAUAUAUUUGAAAAAGACUGAAGAUUUAAUUGAAUCAAUAUUAGAUCGGAUUAUUUCUAAAUAA